AUGCAGCGCUUCCGACCACUCCUCACUGCUCUCCCAACCCUGCGCACACGCGCCGCGCCUCCCUCAGCCCUGCCCUUCCUCCGCCUCUCCUCCUCAUCGCCCUCAUCCGUCUCGGAGCCCUCUCCCGCUCCCGCCGCGCCAAUAGAGCCCAAAGUUGCGCCUGGUUCCUCCACGGACUCGAUUGGCGGGUUCACCAAGCCCAAGAAGGAGGGCGAGCAGCCCGAGUUGACGUACUUUGUGCCCCGGACCUCGAACGGAGAGUUGCCUGUGUACACCGACUACAAGCAACAAGGUCGACGAGUCCUGACCGUGAUCCGCAAGACUCGAGGAGAACUCACCCAUCUCCAACGCCACAUCGCGCAAUACAUCCCCGAAUCUCACCCGUACAUCCGGCCUGCGGCGGGGGCAGUCGUGUUGCGAGGCAACUGGGCGAGGGAGGUCAAGGAGUUCCUGUGGAGCAAGGGGUUCUAG